AUGGCAGUAUCACCACCUGCGACCGGCGCUUUCGCCCGCCGCGUUGUCAAUCCAUUCGGUUUCAAUAAGACUUACAACUUCUGGUUGUACAUUAUCUUUGGGGGCGCCCUUGCAGGAUUUUCUCUCGCACGACUCAAUUACCUUGAUUUCUAUGGAACCUUUUGCCCCGCCACCGGAGGCAACGAAAACUGGAACAGCGCUGCUCCAGGAGAAUGCUACUACUACCUCAAGUACGACAAGUACAGAAUCGGUAUCAUGAUGCACCUCGCUGGUGUACUUCCAGCGGGUUUGAUCGCGGUAUCACAGUUCACGCCGUUCAUCCGCCGACGCUGGAUCAUCGUGCACCGUAUUGGGGGAUACGUCUCGCUUCUAUUGUACUUGGUUGGCAUGAUAGGAGCGUUUAUGAUAGCGCGGCACUCAUUCGGCGGCGGCCUGGACAUCCAGUCUUGGGUUUGGGUCGCAGGCUUCUCUACUCUCGGUUGCUUCAUCAUCAGCUAUAUCAACAUCAAAUGCCUGCAGAUUGAACAACACCGCGCCUGGAUGCUGAGAGGUUGGUUUUAUGCUGCCAGCAUCAUUACGGCCCGCCUCAUCGUGGUAAUCGGCGCCAUUAUCGUUGUCGAGCAAGACUAUUACAUCACGUGGCCUUGCGCCAAGAUUGCGGCUACCAUUGUGGAAGAGGUUGACCUGGCGAGCUUGUAUCCUACUUGCAAGGCCUUUGUCGAUGGCUCAGAUCCAGAGGCAGUCGCAUCUGUGGCAGCGAAGCUGUUUGGAGGAAACGCGGCAAAUACGGGAGCAGCGCUCAAUAUUGUCUUCGGAAUGGCUCUGUGGGUUUCCUUUGUUGUGCAUGCCUUUGGUGUGGAGGUCUAUCUACAUCUCACGCCGAGAGAGGCCCAUCGGCUGAGAGAGAUCAGUUAUCAGAAGCAGCUAGAAGCAGGAAUGUGUAACCCAGGAUCGGCGGGUCUGACUGCGGAUCGGCUGGGAGAUGCAGACAAGUGGGUUCCAAAACUGCCCAAGAAAGACAACACGAACACAUCAUUAACCACAGAGAUAGGCCCUAAGUCAACGAUCAAGAACUAG